AGAUAGAGUGACUGUUAUCGUUUAAGCAUAGUGUUGCAAAGGAAUAUCAAUUGCUGCAGCACUUGAAGUUGCCUGCGAUCAAUGCCAACUGAAGCCAGAUGGCGCCUGUAACGGUACUUGCUGCGUCUACACUUGAACCCGACUAUUUGUAUAUUUCUCGUGAAGUUUACCAAGUCUCUCCUUAUGUAUUGUCUGUGUGAUUGUAUAUGUAGUUUGGUUGUUGCAAAAUGAACGCGAACGAAAUAACACGUGAAUCGAAAUCGAUGGACUUGCAAUUAUCAACAAUUACCAGCUUGGUAAAAUGUGGGAAGCCGGGCCUCGAAGUCAAAGCCAAUGUCCGCGUGCGCAAGAAGUUUAGCGACGACGAAGAAGAUUCGUCGACACCAGAUGAUGAAGAAGAAAUGCAGAAAAACAAAUUUACUGCUAUCAUGCGCGCUCUGCCCCACUAUGAGCCUAGUCAGACCUUGUUACAAGCUUUGGACGUCGAAUUUACCGACGAAAGCUUGGCAAAACAUGACACCACUUUCGGUACAUACCUGCAGACGCAGCUCCUGGACUCAGAGAAUGUCUGCUCAGUGCUGAGUAUACUGCUCAGCAUAGAGGAUGUGUCGACAAUGCAACUUUAUGCCCAGCUUAUGCAGCCCAAUGUUCUGCUAAAGAAAGUUCAAAACCAUUGCUUUAGCUUUGUGCUGGGCAAGACACAAAUCAAUCCAGAGGAGGUUCUUGCGCCUUAUUUGGACGAGGCUGUACUUAUACCUAAGGCUAGCUUAGAGGCAGCACCUCUGCCGAAACAGCCCAUCCUAGCGCUACUACCGCACGCUCACGAGACUCUGCCAAUAAACAAUCCACGGCGCCGUUACGUUGCAAGCUUAGAGCAGGUGACGCGCACCAGCAUCCAUCUAAAAUUCAAACGGGGCGGCUUUCCAGCCAGAGAAUCUGCGCUUGAACAGCGUUACCAUGUAAUCCUGCGCUCACGCCGUACGCCCGUUCGCUUCAUGUAUCGUGCGAUGCAGCUGCUUCAGGAGAAUCCACAGCUGCGUCGCUAUUUGUUUCCCAUCCAGGGGCUGCAAACAGUGUCACCCAAAGUGACUAAAUUACCAAAUCUGACGCUAUUUAACCAGAGCAUUGCGUCUAACAUGGAACAGCUGCAGGCAGUACAACAUAUCGUUAAUGGCCCCAGCAGCCUAGCGCCCUACAUAGUGUUCGGACCACCUGGCACCGGCAAGACCACAACAAUUGUCGAGGCCAUUCUACAGUUGCGACUUCGACAUCCAAGAAGUCGCAUUCUUGUAACUGCCGGUUCGAACUCGGCCUGCGACACAAUUGCCUUGAGAAUAUGCGAGUAUUUUGCUAGCAAUCAACGUCUGCAGGCGGUUUUGGUAGAGCGGGCCAAAGAGUCGCGUUUGGUUACGGAGGACGUGGAGCUAGAUCAUCAGUUAAUGCGUCUCUUUUCGCGAUCUAUCUACUCCAAAGGAUUAAAUUCAGUAGACCCUCUGCUCCUAAAACAUUCUAAUUGUAGAAAACGUGUGUAUGAGCAUUCUAAUGUGAACAGAUUACGCAAGUAUGGCAUACUUGUGGCCACACUGUGCACAGUGGGCCGUCUAGUGACCUUAAAUGUGGGCAAAUUUAACUUUUUCACACACGUUUUCAUUGAUGAAGCGGGCGCUUCCACGGAGCCCGAGUCGCUUAUUGGUAUAAUGGGAAUUAAGCAGCAGGACGCUUGCCAUGUGAUACUCUCGGGCGAUCACAAGCAGCUCGGCGCAGUAAUUAAGAACAAUCGCGCAGCGCUUUUGGGCCUGAGACACUCGCUAAUGGAGCGUCUGCUGCGCUGUGAACUAUACGCCGUGGAUGCCAAUGGGAAUUAUGAUCACACAUUGCAGACGCGACUACGCCGCAACUAUAGAUCCCAUCCGGAAAUCGUUGGGCUGUAUAAUAAGCUGUACUAUAAUGAUGAACUCAUACCACAGGCGCCGCCAGAACAGGUCAAUCUAGCAGCCAACUGGCGUAUGCUGCCCAAUACCGAGUUUCCGAUUAUAUUUCAAGCCACGCAUGGCGUGACAACGCGCGAUGGUCACUCCACCAGCUCAUAUAAUAUGCUAGAGGCACAGGUGCUUUGCUGGUAUGUGAAGCAUUUGCUCUCUAACGGCCUUGGCGGUGGUAUUCGCGUGCAGCAGAAGGAUAUUGGCGUCGUGGCACCGUAUGCGGCGCAGUGUAAUUUUAUCAAUCAACUGCUGCGCCGUCAGGGCCACUACAAUGUGGAAGUGGGCAGCGUGGAGAACUAUCAGGGUCGGGAGAAAACUGUGAUAAUUGCCACGCUUGUGCGCUCCUUUGCCAGCAUAGGCUUCAUGCGUAAUCCGCGCCGAUUGAAUGUGCUUAUCUCGCGUGCCAAGUCUUUGAUGAUACUCAUUGGCAAUCCGGUGACGCUACGCUAUCAUCCCGACAUAAGGUACAUCAUCAACCAGUGCAAGUUGCAUGGCAACUAUUUGUUUAAAAAAAAGGACGGCCUGCAGCGCCCUGAGUUCCUUAAUGAUUUUGUUGGAGAAGAGAUCGAGGGUAAUGGAGAUGAAUUGGAUAACGAAGUGAAGCUUUGGUAUGCCAAGAUGCCGCAAGACAUUCCCGUAGCAUUGUGCCCACAGCAGGCCGCAAUUAUAACGGUGUUUUCCACAGAUGACAGCAGUAGCGGCAGCAACUCAGAAAUUACUGAAGCGCUUUCCGAAAGCAGCAGCUCGUGUGAUUCUUCUAGCUCCGCCAACUGUCAAUGCACACCACCUCCAAAUGAAGCGCUGGAUUCGCAUAUGGCUAAGCUGGCCCUAGGCAGUCCCGAAAAGAUUGUCAUUCGCACCAAUUUCUUAAAGGCGUGCGCCGCCUGCGCAAUAGAAAUUACCAAGCAAAAACUGCUGCAGCUGCAAAAUCGCUUCAGAGGGGCCUGUAAGAUGUCUUAAGUUCCAAUUCAAUUUUAUUCACAUUUCCUAAAAAGCUUAAUCUCCAGUUUGCAGGUUUCAAGAGUUGUUCCCUUCGUGUUCACCAGAACAUUUGAAUAUUUGUUGUCAAUUUACUUUUGUUUUAUAUUACUUUCAUAUUUUUUCCAGUAUGUAUUCAUUUAAGUCAAGAUUAAAGUUGCUGGGUCAGCUUAGUUGAAACAGUUCUAUAUUCAAGGACUUUUUUCGUAUUUUUUUCUAAUCGUGUGCACAAAAAGUGUAUUAUUUUAAUGCGUCCUCAGGAGCACUUUUUAUUAUUACAUUUAAAAUGUCUGUCGAAAGUCUUCACACGGCUGUGAAGUAAAAGAAAAAAUUGAUUUGUUGAAAAAUUGAACAUGUAAUAGCUUUAAGUAUAUCGAGAUGACUUUCAUGAAUGUCUAGGUUUAGUAAACGCCAAGAAUUAGUUUCCCUGAAUUUUAAAACUUAUUUUAUCGAAUACAAAACGCUUUUGAAAAAUACUAAAACGCUUAGAGAACGGUUUCAAAAUAAAUUUAAACGAAUUGAAAUACA